ACGUGCGGUGUGGCAUUGGGGUUAAACCAGACCCAGCGCAAUUCUUCCAAACGAGCGCUCAAUCCCGCCGCUUAUGGCCAACAGCAGACGCGACGAUCCGACCCGCACCCGAUAUUUCGUCUCAGAAUCGGCCCGAUUUCCAAAUUUCCCCUCGUGGUACGUUCACAUUUGGUAAGCAAUGAGUGAUACUAUAGACUUGACGGGGAAUGGAGGUGUUGUGAAGACAAUCGUAAGGCAUGCCAAAGCCAAUGCUAAUGCUCCAACUGAUGACCUUCCUCUUGUCGAUGUGCAUUAUGAAGGAACUCUAGCAGAAUCUGGUGAAGUAUUUGAUUCAACUCGUGAGGAUAAUACCGUCUUCUCUUUUGAGCUUGGAAAAGGAUCCGUGAUCCAGGCUUGGGAAAUUGCUGUCAAGACAAUGAAGGUUGGAGAGGUUGCAAAAAUCACUUGCAAGCCAGAAUAUGCUUAUGGAAGUGCUGGUUCUCCACCAGACAUCCCACCAGAUGCAACUCUUAUUUUCGAGGUGGAAUUAGUGGCCUGCAAGCCCCGGAAAGGUUCAAGUCUAGGCAGUGUUUCUGAGGAAAGGGCCAGGCUCGAAGAAUUGAAAAGGCAAAGGGAGGCUACUGCUGCAUUAAAAGAAGAGGAGAAAAAGAAGAGAGAUGAAGCCAAAGCUGCGGCAGCUGCCCGCAUUCAAGCCAAGUUAGAGUCCAAGAAGGGCGGAAAGGGGAAGAACAAAGCAAAAUAAUGUUGGUACCCUGUCGCACUUGAUGCUGUUACGAUGUUAAAGAUCAGUUAAACAAAAUAAACGGGAUGAAACUUUGAAGCCAUGGGAUUGUAAUACAUUUGAAUUUGCUGCAGCGAAUAGGAUGAUACAGUAAGAUUGAGUGACGUUGCUUAAUAUUUUGAUUUGUAUGCUGAAUGUUAACUUGUCAUUUUCCUCUUAAUUUCACUGAUUAGCUAAGAAUAAAA